CAGGUGGUUGUUACUCUACAAGUGCAAAAUGAUUCCAACGUUGGUGUUUCUUUGGAUGGAAGGAAUGAUCUGUCUGUUUGUAUCAAUAUUUCUAGUAGCUGCCGGGACAAGGGCUGAUUUAACACCCAAACGUCCACUCAGGCUAGCACCUGACAAUGUUGUCUACACGGCAACUCUCAAUCGUCCAUUCACUAUGGCGGUGUCCAUGGCAGUCGAUAGACUGCGUAGAACGGAUGAUAUCAUAGUGGGGGUGGAGGAUGCAGACAGUGUGUUAAUUCGCAGAUACAGCGACAGAGACGAUAAAGAAUCGUGCACACCCAGCAACUGCGUGUUUGUGCACCGCAGCAGGAAGCACGUUACAGUGGAAUUCCAGCUAUUGAAUGUGAAAGAGCCGGAUUUAGGCCCCCGGCGAAUUGACAUUUUGAUCAAACCGAGGAUGAAACGGAGAAAUAUGACUCAUGGCAUUGGACAUUUUACCUUACAGACGAAUGAAACCGAAAAGAAACGUUCCUGUUUAUAACUGGGGCACACGUAAUUGCACUACAAAGCUGUUACAGGCCAUGGGUUAUGUUAUGAUCACCAUCGUAAGGAGAUUUGACUUAAAAAAACAAAAAAACAGUAUUAUAAAAAAAAAACAUUCGUGAAAAGCCAGUGAGUGGUUAAAGCGAGGGAGUCGUCACCUGCGCAUGCGUCAGAUGGCCAUAGCGUGUCAUUUUUUACGAACAAGCGUCUACCCAUGAACCUUUGCGUUUUUAGCGUGUGUUUUUAUCGUCGCUUGGGACUCAAUUCCCGCGCGUGCGCAAGUGACGACCCUCCCGCUUUAACUCCAACUCCUUCAAAGGAGCAUUAAAGUCCGUGUGCAUGGAACUAAUUCAUGAUAUUCAUUGAGUAUUACAAUGUGUUUUUAGAAGUAGCAUGUAUUCCCUGUCUAAUAUUUACUAUUAUACUAACGAUAGUUCCAGUAUGUCGAAGUUCGACUUUGUCAAAAUCUGCACAUAAAGUCAAUGCAAUGAGGAGCUCAAGAAGACAAACAAGCUGACUAUUGUUGUGGCCUGAGAUGCAACGAUCAAUGCAAUAAAAAUGUAAAUUGUGAUUUAGGCCAGUUAAAAAUGUGCGCCGAUUUUAGGAAACAAAUUGGCAAGAUAUAUUAUCUUAAAGGGCGGUGGUCGUCGCGCCGCGUUCUAUUCGAUAUGGGACUCAAAGCGACGUAUACAACGCCAGUACAUGAAAUUCGAACACGCGCUGCACGACGAACACCGCCAUUUAAACUUUGCUGUAUAUACACUGUAUAUUUACUCAUAUUUAUGUAAUUUUUGCACAAGGUGUAAAUGUUGAAACACUAUUUUUUUUUUCGUGAAUAUAAUUUCAUAAGUGUGAAUAUUGUGUACAUAUUAUAUUUAUAUUAAAUUAAUUUAUACUAUUUUUAA